CGACACGACAGAAUAUGGUGACACUGCUGGCGUUGUCGGUACUUGGCCUUUACAUAAGGUAGAAACAUAUGCUUCCGCACAACAUCAGUCGGUAGCAUGGCGCAUCCAUCGCGCGGUGGCUGCGUGCCUUCCAUUCGCUCUUUCGAUGCGAAGUCCUCCGCUUCUCGUUCUUGACGGAACCGAUUGCGCGCGAAUCGCGGAGAAUAAGAGGCACGAGUGUCCCGAAGAGACCGAGAGAAAGAGGCCAUCCGGCCGCUAGACGACGCGCGUUGCAGUUCAGAAGCCAGUCACUAUCUUGUGACAAUUCCCUGUCUCUGGCGCGUAGAAAACGGGUCGUCAAAAGUGUCCGUCGUAUGCGGCUGGGCAGGAUGAUUAUCUGCCGACAGGAGCGAUGGCGCGGCGCCACGCUGCUGCUUAUUUGCCUCCUAUUAAUCGGCACGCGGCAUGUGCGGCCCGUGGGCGCCGCGGUGGACUACGGCGGCGCGCUGGCGAAGGCGAUUCUGUUCUUCGAGGGGCAGCGGUCCGGGCAGCUCGCAGGCGCCGCCAUUCCCACCACCAUCUCGUGGCGCGGCGACUCGGGCCUCUCCGACGGCACCGCGCAAGGGGUGGAUCUGCGCGGCGGGUACUACGAGGGCGGCAGCAACGUGAAGGCGGGGCUGCCGGGGGCGUUCGCCGCCACCAUGCUGGCGUGGAGCCUUGUCGACUUCGCCCGCCACGUCGACGCCGCAGGCGGCGCCACGCAGCUCGCUGCCGCCCGCAACGCGCUGCGCUGGGCGGCGGACUACCUGCUCAAGACGCACACCGCCGCCAAUGAGCUCUGGGCGCAGGUGGGCGACCCGGUGACGGACGGGGCGUGCUGGCAGCGGCCGGAGGACAUGAGCACGUCGCGCACGGCGUACCGCAUCAACGCCACCCGCCCCGGAUCCGACCUCGCCGCUGAAACCGCCGCUGCCCUCGCCGCCUCCUACCUGGCAUUCAAGCCCGUCGAUGCCACCUAUGCCAGCACCCUGCUCUCUCACGCCCAGCAGCUGUUCAUCUUUGCAGACGCCUAUCGUGGCAAGUACAGUGACUCCGUCCCGUUUGCCCGCCUCAGGUUCCCCUCCACCGGAUAUUACGAUGAGUUGGCGUGGGCGGCGGUGUGGCUGUACAGGGCGACGGGGUUGAAGCGGUACUUGGAGUAUUUGCAGCGCAACGAGCCGGCCAUUGGCGGGACGCAGCAGAUGCAGACAGAAAUGAGCUGGGACCAGAAGCUGCCCGGCGCACAGGCGCUGCUCGCUAGGGCUGUUCUGGCUGGCCUGCCAGCGACCAUCCAAGUAGAUGCACCGCUGAUGUGGGUGGUGGAGGGGUAUGCGGGCAUGGCGGAGGUGUUUGUGUGCGCGCACAUGCCCGCCAACCCCCUGCGCGCCGUGUACACGACGCCGGGGGGGCUGCUGUAUGUGCGCGGCAGCAACGCGCAGCUCGCCCUGUCCGCCGCUUUCCUGCUCGUCCUGCUUGCCGACUCCCUCGCUGCCGCCUCGCGCACCGUUGACUGCCAAGGCGUCACCGUCACGCCCUCCCAGAUACUGGCCUUGGGCCAGUCCCAGGUUGACUACCUGCUGGGCAGCAAUCCGCUUGCUGUCUCCUUCAUGGUCGGCUUUGGCUCCGCCUUCCCUCAGAAUGUCCAUCACCGGGCGGCAUCCAUUGUCUCAUUCAACACGGACCCCUCUCCAGUGACAUGCCAGGGCGGCAACACCACCUACCUGCAGAGCACCUCUGCCAAUCCCAAUGUUCAUGUCGGUGCCAUCGCUGGAGGGCCCAAUGCUCUGGUGCUUUGGGAGGGUCGGUCUAGGAUCACUCCUGGUGGCGGCAGUCACACAGACCCUGCACGAGGUGGGGCAGGCGGAUGCGGAGUGGCAGUGCUAUCGCACAUUGGACGAGGCGUGUAUCAUACAGAGGACGGGGGAGAACGGAAUCGCUAGGAGCCAGUCCCACCCUGCUGCGAGCCUGAGCAGGGAGAGUGUUUGGCGGGUGUGUGAAAUGUUGGGUGUUGCCACGCACAUUCCUGCAGCCAGCCGUUGAAGCUCGCAUCGUCCGCGUGGACGGACGGCUUCCAGGACUCGCGACUGCUCCCGGCCUUCACGGAGCCCUCUGCCUGCGCCAAUGCUCCCGCUGUUGGCCUCCUCGCCCGCCUCGCUGCCGGCGCCCUCCCCCCGCCGCCCCGCCUCCCCCCUCCCCCCCCGCCCCACGCUCCCCACCACCUCCGCCCCCUGCACCUCGCCCUCCCCCACUGCGACUGCCCCCUUCUCCACCCAGACUCCCCCCAGUCCCUGCAGGUGUGGUUACAGUCAUAUGCACAGUAACCGGAAGCUGGGAGCAGUACGGUGAGCUACAGAAGAUGUGGAGCUGCGAUGUACGGAACACCAACACCAAGUACCCUGUCAAGGACAUUCAGCUGCGCUGCUCCGGCUUCGAGCCCUUCAAUGCGUGGAACAUUGAGGUGGUCUCGUGCACACUCCCGUCCUGGGGAACCUAUUUAUCCCCCGGAGGGAAAGUGAAUUUCGGGUUCAUCCAAGCGGCAAGUCUGCAACCCAAGUUUGUUGUUACAUGGAUUACGUGGCUUGGCCCGCCCAUGCGCCCUGCUUGCACCCCUCCAGCUACAUGGUGGGGGAAGUUGCUUUGCCAGUGGUUCAAGAUCGGCUGUUGCAUAUCGGGUACCUCCACAUCAGCAGCAGCACCCAAGUCUUUUUUGCAUGAUGAACAUUGAUGUGACUUACGGUAAGGACGAGAAGGUGGCUGGUGCUAAAAAAUUAAUCUGUAAUGGAAGGCUAAUGAAAUGGAGUGGCAACCAGAUACCUUGACAGGUUUAUCAAGCCUAGCGCAGAGUUUGACAGUACCGG